AUGACAGGGGAUGAAUUACUUGAACAAGACUAUUCUGUGUUACCUCUGCUCACAAAGGGAGUUGGAGGAAAGUUUACGAUGGUAUAUAAUGGUCUACCAGAUUGGGAUGAUGUUGGUGUUUACUAUGAUUGGACGUGCUUCCGGAAAAAUCUUGCAAAAUUUGAAACAGCGGGAAUAAUCUCAAUGUUAACCAGUCUUCAAUCGAUCUUCUUAGCUGGAUCUCGCAUCGUUUUUCAUGCUUCCUUCCUUGAGCGUAGUCCACAGCAGAUAGCAUCAUCCGCAGGGAUGCACCAUAACGACGCCUCACUGGGAAUUCCCCAAAACGGUCGACUUUUUCGAACGCUUCGUUACGAACUGUCUGAAUCCAUGAUGUUACUGUCCUCCCAUCAAGUUCAACCUGACGACUCAUCUGUUGAGAUGAAUGGCAAAGCCUCAGCUCGCCUAACUAGAUCAUAA